AUUAAAAAGACAGACAUCGUUUUUUAUAAUUCUUUAUUUUGACAUAAUAUUCAAAUAAUAGUUUUGCUUUUGCGCAAAUGUUUAUAAAACUUUUACAAAUAUAAUGAAACAAUGCAAAAAGUUACUUAUGAGAAAAGUAAUAUACAAAAAAAGUUAAAAUGUUUACAAAAAAGUGUGUUGGAGAGGGGCCUAGAUCGAGCUUUAAUUGGAAAAUAUAGUAAUAUUUGUAAUGUAAAUAAGAAUUCGAGUGUAGGAUUCAAAGGUGCAAUUUUAUCAAUAGGUAUAGCUUUUAUAUCAGCAGCUUUAGUGGGGUUGGCGGUUGAAUAUUUAUUAAGUGCAAGAUGUCUAUUACCUAUUAAUCACUUGGUGUGGGAAGCGACGCGGCCUCUCGCCGAUUGUAACUAUUGUGCGAAUGUUACGAAACCCAUUAUAUUGCAGAAUAUUACUCGACGAAUUUUUAGGAACUAUGCUUAUUCGUCCAAACCUAUUAUUGUAAAAAAUGCAAUAAAACAUUGGAGAGCUUCUAAAGAGCUAAAUUUUAAAAUGUUCAAAAGGCUGUAUGAAGAAAUUUCUGGUAGCUAUGAAAGUUUAGAUGAAGGUUGUCAGUUUCUUAAUUUUAGAACAAAUUUAUUUACUCUGAAAGAAGUCUUCGAGAUGCCAGCUGCCAGAGUUAGAAAUGAGCCAGGGCAAGAGCCCUGGGGCAAUUGUCAUCCAGAUAUAUUAAAUGAAGUAAGAAAGUUCUACAGUGUCCCAGAAUUUCUUCCAGAGGAUGCCGAGUAUCCAGCAACUGAAAAUAUAUUUUUUGGAUAUGAAACAGGAGCUGUUAUGCAUUUAGACUAUAUCCCGAGACUUAUGUGGCAAGGCCAAGUGAAAGGCAAUAAGACUUGGUUUGUAGUUCCAGUUCCAGAAUGUGAACAUAUUUGCAAUAAAUUUCAAUACUAUGUUGAGCCAGGGGAUGUAGUGCUACUGGAUACUCGUCUUUGGUACCAUGCCACAAGAAUCCCUAGAGGCCAAUUUUCACUGACCAUUCAAUCCGAGUAUGGUUGAAAUUACAAUUACAAAUGCUUUAGUACAAAACAGUAUUAUUUACAUAUCGAGAUGCCAAAGUUAAAAAUUCCUUUUACACUUUUUGUAUGUGCCAUUUUAUUCUUGUGUGACUAUUUAUCAUUAGCUUUAAGCAUACUAAUUUAUUAUAA